GCCGGCACAGGCGGGGGACAAGCAGCAUCUGGGGGCGCGCGGGUGUCCCACGCCGGGAAAGAGGCGGAGUGCCUCGUUGGCUUCCGUUCCGCUCCUCCUCGCCUGGGCUUUGCAGCGGGAGGCUCCCAUUCUCUCUUUCCCAGAGCGACAGCACCGAGGAGGAGGCGGCUCCGGGGAGCGCCCGCCUCCUUCGCUGCCGAGCGCGGUGCACACGGGGCAUGGAGCCUGCCUGAGCCAGUCCGCGGGCAGCUGCUGCUGCAGCACAACAUGGAGGCGGCAGCGCCGCCGCCGCCGCCGCUGCUUGUGGUCCUGUUCCUGCUCGCCGCCUCGCUACUUCGGUGCAACUUGGGGUCUGUCGCGGCUUCUCCUCUCUUGCUUUUUGCAAACCGUCGAGAUGUCAGACUGGUGGAUGCUGGUGGAGUGAAGAUGGAAGCAACAGUUGUAGUCAGUGGCUUAGAAGAUGCUGCUGCUGUGGACUUCCUUUACUCACAGAAUGUUAUUUACUGGACAGAUGUGAGCGAAGAAGCUAUCAAACAGACUUAUUUUAACCAAAGCGGGAAUCUUGUACAGAGUGUCAUCGUUUCAGGGCUGCUUUCUCCAGAUGGCCUGGCAUGUGACUGGAUUGGGAAAAAAUUGUACUGGACUGACUCAGAAACAAAUAGGAUUGAAGUUGCUAAUCUCAAUGGAACAUCUAGGAAGGUUCUUUUCUGGCAAGAUCUUGACCAGCCAAGAGCAAUUGCCCUGGAUCCCGCUCAUGGAUACAUGUAUUGGACAGAUUGGGGCGAAACACCUAGAAUAGAGCGUGCUGGAAUGGACAGCAGUUUUCGGAAAAUAAUCGUGGAUUCUGACAUUUAUUGGCCCAAUGGACUCACAAUAGAUCUCAGUGAACAAAAGCUUUAUUGGGCAGAUGCAAAGCUUAGCUUCAUUCACAGAGCAAAUCUGGACGGCUCUUUCAGGCAAAAAGUGGUGGAAGGUAGUCUCACUCAUCCAUUUGCCCUGACGUUGGCUGGGGACACUCUCUACUGGACGGAUUGGCAGACGCGUUCCAUUCAUGCCUGCAACAAGAAAGCUGGAGAGAAUAAGAGAGAAAUAAUAAAUUCUCUUUAUUCACCAAUGGACAUCCAAGUUUUGAGCCCUGAAAGACAGCCAUAUUUUCAUACACCCUGUGAGGAAAAUAACGGUGGUUGUUCACAUUUGUGCCUGUUGUCCCCAAAGGAACCCUUUUAUAGUUGUACCUGUCCUACUGGAGUCCAACUACAAGAAGAUGGAAAAACCUGCAAAGCAGGUGCUGAGGAAGUCCUCUUGCUCGCUAGAAGAACAGAUCUACGAAGAAUUUCCCUGGACAUGCCGGACUUCACAGAUGUUAUUUUGCAAAUAGACAAUAUUAGGCAUGCUAUUGCAAUUGACUAUGACCCUGUUGAGGGCUACAUUUAUUGGACAGAUGAUGAUGUCAGAGCUAUUCGCCGGGCAUUUCUUGAUGGAUCUGGAGCCCAGACUCUAGUAACAACAGAGAUAAAUCAUCCUGAUGGCAUUGCAGUAGAUUGGGUGGGUAGGAAUUUGUAUUGGACUGAUACUGGUACAGAUCGGAUUGAAGUUACACGUUUGAAUGGGACCUCAAGAAAGAUCCUUAUUUCAGAAAAUUUAGAUGAACCUAGAGCAAUAGUGCUCAAUCCUGUGAUGGGUUAUAUGUAUUGGACAGACUGGGGCGAAAACCCAAAGAUUGAAUCUGCUUAUCUGGAUGGGUCUGAGAGGAAAGUGCUGGUGAAUACGUCUCUAGGAUGGCCCAAUGGUUUGGCAUUGGAUAUUGAGGAAAACAAACUUUAUUGGGGAGAUGCAAAGACUGACAAAAUUGAGGUAAUAAGCCUUGAUGGAACCAUGAGAAAAACACUCAUAGAAGAUAAACUUCCUCAUAUAUUUGGAUUUACUUUACUUGGUGAAUAUAUCUACUGGACAGAUUGGCAGAGGCGAAGUAUUGAAAGGGUUCAUAAGAAGGGGGCAAGUCGGGACAUUAUCAUCGAUCAGUUGCCGGACUUGAUGGGUCUUAAAGCAACAAGUGUCACCAGAGCAGAGGGGACAAAUCCGUGUGCUGAGAAUAAUGGCGACUGCAGCCACCUGUGCUUCUUCACACCCCAGGAGUGCAGAUGUGCCUGUCCAAUUGGACUGGAGUUACUUAGUGAUAUGAGGACCUGCAUCAUCCCAGAAGCUUUCCUUGUCUUCACCAGCAGGGCAGCUGUUCAUAGGAUUUCUCUUGGAGCCAGCAACAAUGAUGUUGCCAUUCCUCUUACGGGUGUGAAAGAAGCUUCUGCUCUAGAUUUUGAUGUAUCUGACAACAGAAUCUACUGGACAGAUAUUAGCUUAAAGACAAUAAGCCGAGCCUUUAUGAAUGGAAGUGGACUCGAACAUGUGAUUGAGUUUGGGUUAGAUUACCCUGAAGGAAUGGCUGUAGAUUGGAUGGGAAAGAAUCUCUAUUGGGCAGAUACUGGAACCAAUAGGAUCGAAGUGGCCCGGCUGGAUGGGCUAUUCCGGCAAGUUCUGGUGUGGAAAGAUUUGGACAAUCCAAGGUCGUUGGCUCUUGAUCCAUCAAAGGGGUAUAUGUACUGGACAGAGUGGGGAGGAAAACCCAAAAUUGUUCGAGCAUACAUGGAUGGAACAAAUAGCAUCAUGCUGGUGGAUAAGGUGGGACGUGCCAAUGAUCUUACCAUUGAUUACAAGGAUCAAAGACUUUAUUGGACUGAUCUGGACACAAGCAUGAUUGAGUCAUCCAAUAUGCUAGGGCAAGAGAGGGAAAUAAUAGCAGAUGAUCUACCUCAUCCCUUUGGGCUAACUCAGUACAGUGACUUCAUCUACUGGACAGAUUGGAACCUCCACAGUAUAGAAAGAGCUGACAAAACAAAUGGGAGGAAUCGAACAAUUAUUCAGAAUCGUCUGGACUUUGUGAUGGAUAUAUUAGUUUUCCAUUCAUCACGACAGGAUGGUUUCAACGAGUGUGCACAAAAUAAUGGGCACUGCGGGCAGUUGUGCCUGGCCAUACCCAAUGGCUAUAGAUGUGGCUGUGCAUCGCACUACACCUUGGAUCCCAAGACCCGGAACUGCAGUUCACCCAGUAGCUUCUUACUAUUCAGUCAGAGGUCUGCAAUAAGUCGGAUGAUACCAGAUGAUCAGCAGAGUCCAGACAUCAUUCUUCCCAUCCAUGGCCUAAGAAAUGUUAAAGCCAUUGAUUAUGAUCCACAUGAUGCAUUUAUCUACUGGGUAGAUGGACGCCAAAACAUUAUUAAAAGGGCAAAAGAUGACGGCAGUCAGCCUUUCACAGUCAUGAAUAUUCGCAACCAAAGCCAAAAUCCAGAAAAGCAGCCACAUGACCUGAGCAUUGAUAUUUUCAGCCAUACUUUGUACUGGACCUGUGAAGCUACAAAUACAAUCAAUGUCCACAAACUUAAUGGGGAGCAGAUUGGAGUUGUCUUACGGGGAGAUCAUGACAAGCCCAGGGCCAUAGUCGUAAAUGCAGAACGAGGAUACAUGUAUUUCACUAAUAUGCAAGAGCGAGCCCCAAAGAUUGAGCGUGCAGCCUUGGAUGGAACAGAACGAGAAGUGCUCUUCACCACUGGUCUUCUUCGACCUGUUGCACUAGUGAUUGACAAUAAGCUUGGGAAGCUCUUUUGGGUGGAUGCUGAUCUCAAACGGAUUGAAAGUUGUGACUUAUCAGGGGCUAACCGGGUCACAUUACAGGAUUCCAACAUUCUCCAGCCAAUGGGUUUGACUGUUCUGGGAAAUCAUCUCUACUGGAUUGAUCGGCAGCAGCAGAUGAUAGAAAGGGUGGAGAAAACCAAUGGAUACAAGAGGACCAGAAUACAAGGUCGAAUUGCUCACCUAACUGGUAUACAUGCCAUUGAAGAUAUUGAUAUGGAGGAAUUCUCAAACCACCCAUGUUCCCGAGAUAAUGGGAAGUGUUCACACCUCUGUAUAGCAAAAGGAGAUGGAACUCCAAGGUGUUCCUGCCCUGUUCAUUUGGUGCUUCUGCAGGACCUCUUAACGUGUGGAGAGCCACCAACCUGUUCCCCGGAUCAGUUCACAUGUGCAACUGGGGAGAUUGAUUGCAUUCCCAUGGCAUGGCGUUGUGAUGGCUUUUCAGAAUGUGACGAUCAGAGUGAUGAAGAAAACUGUCCCAUCUGCUCAGCAACCCAGUUCCAAUGUGAGAAGGGACAGUGUAUCGACGCACAUUUGAGAUGUAAUGGAGAAGUUGAUUGCCAAGAUAAAUCUGAUGAAUCUUAUUGUGAAACUAUUUGUCUCCAGAAUCACUUUCAGUGUGCCAAUGGCCAGUGUAUUCUCAAAAAACAGCAGUGUGACUCUUUUCCGGACUGCAUUGAUGGUUCUGAUGAACUUUUCUGUGAUAAGACACUUUUUACCGAAAAAAUUAAAUCCUCUAAUGAUUCUGGACCCCACAGUAAUGCUAUUGGGCCUGUGAUUGGAAUUAUUCUUACCCUUUUUGUCAUGGGAGGCAUGUAUUUUGUUUGCCAGCGUGUGGUUUGCCAACGUUACGCUGGGCCUAAUGGACCCUUUCCACAUGAGUAUGUCAGCGGGACCCCUCAUGUCCCCUUAAAUUUCAUUGCUCCAGGGAGUUCUCAGCAUGGGACUUUUACAGGCAUCUCUUGUGGAAAAUCCAUGAUUAGCUCCAUGAGCCUAAUGGGUGGAAGCAGUGGUGCCCCUCUUUAUGACAGAAACCACGUCACUGGAGCUUCCUCUAGUAGUUCAUCCAGUACAAAAGCCACAUUUUAUCCACAGAUUUUGAAUCCACCACCUUCACCAGCUACAGAUCGCUCCCUCUAUAACACAGAAAUGUUUUAUUCUUCAAACAUUCCAUCAACAACAAGGUCUUACAGGCCUUAUCUUAUCAGAGGGAUUGCUCCACCAACUACCCCCUGCAGCACAGAUGUAUGUGACAGUGACUAUACCACAAGCCGGUGGAAAGCCAACAAAUACUACAUCGACUUAAACUCAGACUCAGAUCCUUAUCCACCUCCUCCUACUCCUCGCAGCCAGUAUAUGUCAGCAGAGGAAAGCUGCCCACCAUCUCCAGCUACCGAGAGGAGCUACUUCCACCUCUACCCCCCUCCUCCAUCUCCUUGUACAGACUCUUCAUGAUUUUAACAGAAAGGACUUGUCUUUUUCUGUAAAUAUGUUUUUAAAUAUGAACAAAGAUUUUAAAUAUAUAUUUUAUGAUCUAAAAUGGGGUGGGAACUUAUAAAAAUGUGAAUAAAAAUGAAUGGGCCUGGGCUGUGAAAAUUGUACAGCAAAGUGAUAUUUAUGUUGAUUUUUUUUAAUUUAAUAAUCCAUUCUUUUGUGCCAUAAUUUGCCUUUGCAUUGAAGUUACAACUUUUAAAUUGACCUCCAAAGGAGGUGAGAAGCAGAAAAUAAUAUGCUUGGAACAUUUUGAAAUCAUCUUUUGGUUCAAUAAAGGGGAAUGUGCCAAGUUAUUUUAAAUAAUAUAAAAGGCAAGAAGAAGUAUGUAUGAAUGAAUGAAUGAUGAUGUUAUUUGAAAUACACACAAGGGAAAUUUUUGUGUGUCUGUGUAUGUAUGUAUAUGUGUGUGUGUCUGUAUGUAUGGAUUAAUACUUGAUCCUAGGUACUUAACCACAAAAAUGGGCUUCCUAUCUUUCUUUCGUUUUAUUCCAUCAUUCACUUUCCAAAAGAGUUAGUGCAUAAAAAAAGUGAACUUCUAGAAUAGAUUUUAGAUUUAUUACAUUAUUCAUCAUGAACUACUUCUUCCCAAAUUAAAAUAAGCAUUCAGUCCUAUUGGACGCAUCACACUUCUAUUACGAGUCUGUCAAAUUCAAGGCACUGCUUCAUGUUUUAUCUUCUCGAAAGGCCCCCAAUACAGAUCAGGAUAUUUGGAGGUGAGAGGAGGGAGGAAAGGAGGUAGUGGUCAUGACAGAAAUAGAAAUGAAAAGUAGAAAAAAAGAAUGAAUCAAUUUUCUGAAAGAUUAAAAUAGUUUAGAAAAAUGUAAUCUCUCAAAGUCUCUUUUUCUCUCACAUCCGGUGAAAAUUUCUUUUUAAAAAAAUCUAUCAAAAUUAAAACACGUUUCAUCAAUUAAAAACAGUUUAUAAAGAUUUCACUGAAUAGCAAAACUAUUCAUCCAAAUUGGAUAUUUCUUGAAUAGGUGUCUACAGAGGCCCCUGGUUGUACAGAAAAAAGCAACCUUUUCUCAUUUUAAAACAUAACAUACACUGCCACCAUAUUCUCCACUGGGUAAAAAUCCAAAUUUUACCCUCUCUAACCUUCUAUAUAUAAUAUGAGAGAGAGAGGGAGGGAGGGAGAGAGGACAAAGGAGUAAGGAUCCUAAUAAUCAGAGAUAGAAUUCAGUAAAAGAUCAUUAAAUCCAGAAAGAAAGGUGCUUUUCAUCAUAGGUCAGGAAGAAAAUGAGCAAAGCACGUCUCGCAUUACUGACUGUGCUUGUGCUUUGGUUUGAUUACCUCACACAGAAUGUUUGAAAGCUUGUAGAAUUAGGAGACUGUGAUGUGAACAAAUAAUGAAAUAUGAUUGGAAAAAGAGGGAAAAGCCAAAAUUACAGUAUGUUUUCACAGCUGCAUAACAGCAGGUGCAGCUGGCUUUUGACAGCCAAAUCAUUGACAAAGAUGAAAAUUGUUGCUUUACAUUUAUAGCUGGGUUUUAGCAAGCAUUUCUGGCCAAGUGUGAGGUGAGACUUCUCCAACCCCUGGCCACUUUUUCCAAGCUUAUUAAUAAGGUAGAGGUUGAUCUCUCUGUUAUUUCUGAAUAUGUUCUCAUCAGUCUAUUCCUAAUUGUUUGGAUAUGGUGGUUUAAUUCUGAGGACCUGCAACUGGGAUCUCUGAGUACAGGAGAAUUCUGAUCUCUCAAGAAACUUGUAUUUUGCAGUCAUGCCAUUUUACUUUUCUUUCCAAAUUUAAUAUGUGAGAUAAAAAAUUAGAAUUAAUUAUUUGUAUGCAAAAAUAUCCUUACCUGAAUACUUUGGGGAGGUCGAAGGUAUUUGGGUGUAUUGCCUUCGUGUCUAGCACAAAAAUAGUCCAUAACAAUGCAUCUAGAGUGCUCAGCUCAAAAAUCAUAACAUUCCAUACUAAUUUUAAAUCAUAGUAACAUUUUAAAAUGUUACUAUGAUUUAAAAUUAAAUUAAAUAGUAAUUAAAUAGUACACAUAGUACUAUUUUAAAAAAGCAAUCCUUAGUAACUCAAAUUGGGUGGGAAGGUAAUAAAGCUAGCUUCUUCUAAUUCUAGGAUUCCAUUUCUAGCUUUGUUACAGAUAAAGUUUGUACGUGUGUGUGUGUGUGCUCACACAUACACAUACAUAGUUGUCAAGAGAUUUGCAUCCACUAAUUUGUUUUAUAAUUGCUUUUAACCUUUUGUCUAGCAUUUAUAAAAAGAUACCCUUUAAUUCUUAACAUUGCAUGCUUUGAUUUACCAUUGCCAGGUUUCUGUUGUCUAAAAUACACUGCACAUUAAAAUUUGAAUGAAUAGUUUAUUUUUUAAAAGAACAAUAAACAACCAUUGGUAAUAUUAAUCUGCUUGCUGAAAAUAUUGUACUGUAUUCAGUGGUGAAUUGGAUACUUUAAGCAGUGAUAUAACUAAUGCUACCAAUGUGAGCAGAGUACUAUAAUACUUACGGCUAUAAUACUGAAUAUUUUUAUUUUGCUUGCUAUUGUAAAUCUGUGUUAAUCAGGAAAAUUAAAUAUUCUGCUUUCUUGAUUAUCAUGUUAAUUGGGAAACAUCCCACUAAAUUAAAAUAAAUUAUUAGAUCUGCCCAGCUGGAGUUGUUGUAGAAUUGAGUGAAAUCAGAAAUAUCUUACCAAGAAAUAAUUAUCACAUUUUCAUUACUUUAAAUUAUUUCUCUCUCUCCAAUCCAGGAUUUUAGCUAAAAUAUCUGAUAUCAGAAGUACUCUGGGCUAUGAUAUUAUCCAUUUCUUUUUUGACAUAGGUCUCAAUGAAUUACAUAAAAAAUUACACUGUGAGCUUGGUUGUUUGCUUGUAGACAAUUCAUUACCAAGGAGAAAACUACAUUCCCACCAACACUGGCAGGGCAAGCUACUGUACAUAUACAGAGAGCACAUUUAAACUAGCACUGAUAAUAUUAUCUAGUCUGGUAAUGAAACAUCUGCAAGUAAACAACCAUGCUUAGAGAGCACAAAGGACUUCACAGUUCAGUUUUCUUCUGUUGGAAAAAAGAUACAGUUUACCAAAUCAUGAAUCAGUGUGGAGAUUAAUUCUAAUUUUUUACAAGCUAUUUUGAAAUGAUACCACGUAAACUGUUGAUUGUAAUUUUGGCUUUCAAGAGACAUCCUAGUCUGGCAUCAUGUUACCAAAGAGUUACGAAUGAUAUCAAACUGGGAGGGGGGCCUAAAUGCUUUGGAUCUUAUUUUUUUAAGCCAUAGUUUGCUUAACUAUGAUUGAAUAAACUACAGUUGCUUGGUUUAAGCUAGGUCCAAACCAAAUCACAUUAUGACUUAGCCCCAUGAAUAUGAACCCUAUCUUUAUAUUCUAAAUACAAUACAUGUGAAUAUAUGUAAAUGUAAUUGAUUGGCUUUAUUAAAAUUUAAGGAGCAAGUAACUCUUGUUCAGGUCUAACCAUAGUGCAGUGUCAAAGGUUAACUUCCUUAUAUUGACUUACCAUUGGUUAGUGGCUGUGUGUGGCAUCUCACUACCCUAGGGAAAUUGAUUUGAAUGUUUUAGCUCUUCAAAAGUGUGUUAAUGUUGGUGAAAUCUUAACUAGCAUAUCUCUUCCAGCCAGACUGGGUUUUACUGGAUACCUAAUCCCUGUAGCUGAUGUUUGUUUGGGUCCACUUAGAUCCAUCUUCAUGAACAUUAGUUUUUAAAAUCCAUAAGUCACUGAAAGUAACUAUUGAUCUGGACCUGAGAUUGAGCUUGCUCUUAGCAAUUAACACGUUAAGACAAAUAAGGCUUUUUGAAAGGAAAUGCUGGUCUUAAUAUACAACAUAUCAAAAGUCUUUGUUUGAAAAGUAUUUAAGCACCUUUAGAUAUGGAGCUCAGUUCCCUGGAAGUUUCCUUUGCCAAUUUUAUGUGUGGAUGUAGGUGGCUGGGGUAUUGGAUGGAAAGCAGAGUGUGGUGUCAAAUUUAAUUUGUAAAAUAAUAUUUGUUGAAAAUAUUUUGUAAAUAAUGUAAUUGAGCUAUUUGCAAUUAGGCGAAAAACAAUUGAUUUUAUUAAAUAAUGAAUAAGAACUAUUGGGCCUGGAUUAAAAUGGAGCAAAAUUAGGCUUGCCAAGUUACAAACUUGUGAAUCCUCCUUUAUUUUUGAGCCUGUUGAGCUCAACUAGAGGAAAAGUCAGCUAACAGUUUUUCCAAUUUCUUUUUUCUCCUCAGGGCCUAUUAUAUAUCUACUUUUUGUGUUGUGGGACACAACACAAUAUUUCACUGCUCACAUUAAAUCAUUUAUCUUUUAAUAAACCAUAGGUGGCUGAUUUUACAGAACAUUAAGCUAUAAACUAUUAUUUAACAAAUCACAAUGGUUCGCCCACUGCAGUAAACCAAACCUAAUCAUCUCAUGGGCUAUUGCAAUAUGUGAACUUUCCCAUAGGAUCUUCUUGGUCAUUGCACUAAGAAUGAGGGAAGCAGACUAACCAAUUAUGGAAAAGUGGAGAGGGGCGGAAGAACAGGAGAAGCAGUAACUGGCUCAUCCCAGUUUGGUGGGAACAUGAAAGGGGGGAAUCAUUGGAUGCAACCUGGCAACUUACAUUUUUAAGUGGGUUGUGUUUUACUGUUAUAUAUACAUAACUCGGAGGGCAUUCUAAUUAGAAAUGAAACCCAGGCUGCUUUCUGUAUUGUAUCUAAAUAUUUUGCAGUUGCUGCUAAUGUAAUGUAAAUGUACAUGAAAAUAUGCAGAUAUUGCCAAGAAUUGUUACAAUAGACUCAUGCUGAUCUGUUUUAUAUUUAUAUUGUAAAGUGUAUUCUGCAAACCUCCUAAAUAUUUUAGCUUUAUAUUCAUAUACCGUUUUGUAGACACAGUUUGUCACACAGAGAAAAAGUGCCUUUGGUCUUUUUAAACAGCCUAGCAUAUUGACUUGGGCAGAUGAUAACAAAGCCUUAAAAACGAAGCAACCUUUUAUUCAUUUGCUCCAUUUGUUAGCUUCUCAUCAAGCAUGGUGUUGCAAAUACUUAUUGUGUUCAACUCAUUCCAAGUUAAGGCAUUCACAGGAUGGUGGGACUAAGCUUGUUUGUAUAUGUUAAUGCAAUGUCACUAAUUAUGUGAUUUUACAGAGAGUUGUGCUUGGUUGUUUUUUUUUAAGAAAAUAUUUCAGAGAAAUCUGGGAGAAUUUUUUACCCAGAAAUUACAAAAUUGGGAGCUUUUAAGACACCCAAUGUGCUCCUUUUCAUUUCACUGUUUAUAUUUUAUGGAUGCUAAAUAUGCUAUUGGUAUAAUUUUUUGUAAAAUUAUGUAACAAAAUCUCUGUUAUUAAAUUAGUUUAAUGUACUUUC